AUGAGGCAGAUAAUGGCAGCAAUAAUAUUGCAAUGCAUCCUAUCACUUGGCUUCUUCCUUGCUUGCGUUUGCGUUAAUGCCGCAGGGAAAUCAAAUGGCUUGACCAUGGAACUCAUCCAUGUCGACUCGCCGGCAUCACCUCUCUAUCCGGGCAAUAUUUCUUAUGAAGAAGAAAUCCAAAGACUCAUAGACCGAUCCAUUGCCCGAGCUCAACACCUUCAUUACACCUUAGCAUCCCUCGGCAACAAUAAUGUGUCACAAACUAUAAUCAACCCUCUUGACAUUCGUCCGAAACUCGAAUUUCACCCUUACGGCUCUUACCUUGUACAAGUUGGGAUUGGGACUUUUGAUGCACCUUUCCCGGCAAGGUCAUUCAAUACAUACUACUUGUACACCGACACUGGAAGCACCCUCACAUGGGCGCUGUGCGAGGAUUGUCUCAAGCCUGGAAACCAAUGCUUUCAAACCAAAGAACCCCCUUUCCCUAACAGCAAGUCCAAAUCUUAUGUUGCUCUCUGUUGCAAUCAAAACCCGUUUUGCAAGACAGGCCAAUGCACCGGUCCUUACUGCUCCCAGCACGAUGAUGGGCAGCCACUGAUGAUUCCAGGCGUAGUGUUUGGUUGUGCUUAUGACACCAGGAAAAUCAGUUUUGGAAGGCUGGAACAGUUCAAGGUUGCAGGAAUAUUGGGUUUGGGAUAUGCUCCGAUUUCCUUUCCACUGCAACAAUCCUAUCAAACUGGUAAAGUAUUCUCAAUGUGCCUAACACGCCAAAGAGAGAUCCAAACAUAUCUCAGAUUUGGUAAGGACGUCCCCACACCACCAGGUGGUCUGCGUGUCACCAAAUUAGUGUUGUUCAAAGACAUACCAUAUUACUACGUCAAUCUGUUGGGCAUAAGUGUGCAUGGACAACAGCUUCUCAUAGACCCAAAUGUGUUUGCUGUACGAAAUCAGGGCACAAGUGGCGGCUGCGUCAUGGACAAUGGUAGCUCAUUUACUUUUCUCAUCAGGCCUGCUUUUAAUGCUGUGGUUCAGUUUCUGGAGAUGUAUUUCAUGCGCUUUCCUCGCGUUUUUAAGGGUGGUAGGCCUCUUGGCCCCCCUUUUGAACUUUGCUACAAAUGGAUGACGCCGUUGCCACCUCUGCCUACUUUGACAUUUCACUUUGAAAAUGCUGACCUUGUGAUCAACCCAGAGGACUUAUUCAUAAAGUUGAAUGCUGCUCAGCAGGGGAACUAUCUCUUAUGUUUGGCCUUCAUCGCCGACGAUGCUCGUACUAUUCUUGGAUCAGUGCACCAAUCCAAUUACUUAUUCAUAUAUGACCUUAACCAGAAUCUGUUGAAGUUUGCUCCUGAGGAUUGUUCUAAGAAUUCUUGA